AUGACUCAAGAGUUUGAGGCCCUGCAUGUUAAUCAUACCAGGGAUUUGGUUCCAUUACCCCCAGGAAAGAAGGCCAUUGGUUGUAGGCAGGUUUACAAGGCUAAGGUUGGUGCUAUCUUGAAUGACCCUACAUAUUAUAGGAAGCUCAUUGGAAAGUUGAACUUCCCUACUAAUACAAGGUUGGACAUUGCUUAUAGAGUCCAACAACUUAGCCAAUUUGUGCAGGACCCUAGGGAACCUCAUCUUAAGGCCACCUUAUACUUGUUACGAUAUCUGAGAAGUGAUCCUAUACUAGGAAUCUUCUUCUCUAAUGAUCCAGUCUGCACUAUCCAGGCCUACUGUGACUCUGAAUGGGCUGCUUGUCUAGACUCCAGAAGGUCAGUCAGUGGCUACAUAAUUCUCUUGGGAGAUAGUCCUGUAAGUUGGAAGUCCAAGAAACAAGAAACUGUCUCACUUUCUUCAGCUGAGGCAGAAUAUAGAUCUCUCCAAAAAGUUGUUGGUGAACUAACUUGGUUGUGCAGAUUACUCGAGGAACUGACUGUCCCAUUUCCAAAGCCUGUCACUAUUUUUUGUGAUAUCCAAUCAGCUCUCCAUAUAGCUAGAAAUCAUGUUUUCUAUGAACGGACCAAGCGCAUUGAGGUGGAUUGUCAUUUUUUACGAGCCAAACCUCAAGAAGGGUUGAUCGAUUUGACUCAUGUCUCACUCAUGCUCAAUUGGCAAAUAUCCUCACCAAAGCCUUGA